GAAGAUUCUAUAAAUAAACGAAGUGUGUGUACUCUCGGCCCGACGAAUUUAGAAGCUCAAACAAUCGCUGCGCUGCGGUCAUCGGGACGAUGGAGAAAAGAACUCUGGAAUGAAAAAGAAAAAGACUGACGGGUCUCGGGAAUUCGGAGAAAUACAAAAGCUGAUGCACUCGGAUGCUCCUCGCGGUGAUUGCGCAGGCGCGAGUUGCAGGCGUCCAUGGCUGAAAUUGCAGCCUUGCAAGUUGCAGGUUGCAGACGUUUUCCUUGCAGACGAGAGGAACAGCAGUAGCCACGAAAUACACGGGCCGACUGCAAGUCGCGAGGCUCGGCUCGUACGAGAACGAUGCGGUGAACAAUCUCGUCCACUCCGACGCGUCGAGUUUCUCUCAGGAUUUUCGCAAACAAACAUCGCGAAGUGCGUCAUCGAUUUCGGAGAAAGAAAAGGAGAGCUGCCUAUAGUGAGUGUGUAUUGUCGAUGGUGGUGUAUCCCUGUAUUGGCCCUUGACUACCUACUGCACAUCGCGCACACUGAUGAGCAUAGUAUAGCCCCCCAAAUGCUAGAGUGUCGAGUGACAUUUGCUUACGUAAUGAAAUAUUUCCGCGGCCCCGUGUAGCGCCGUCCACGAAAUCGGACCUCGAUAUACCUAUGCUCUCCCUCGGUUGAACCGCCGGCCACCUCUCUGCCGGAAUCUCGGAAUACAGAAAUAUACACGCGCCACGGCCAGCAAGCUCCAAGUGACCCGAUUCGCUGCGCUCGCGCGAGCCCCCACUGCACGCACAGUCAAGCACACAAGCUCCGGCUAGCCGUCUAAGCUACUACACACUCGCAUAUCCUGACCUUUCUAUACCUGAACUCGUUGGAUAUUUUCCGUCUUUCCGCACUCUCUCUAGCGAUCUCGGAAGAGCCUCGAAGCGAGAAUUAGCGCCGGGCGCGCAAAUUAUGACAAGAGGCAGCAAUCAUGGAAAAUUUCAAUUGGGAUCCUGCUUUGUCCAAAUUACUAAGUGCCUUGGAAGCGAACAGAGCUUCUAUACCCCAGUGCUCCGACGAGGAAUUCAACUUUCUCAGCGAACUCUUGCAGUCCAAGGAACUGAAUGCGUUGGUGCAUGUCUACAACAAAAUACUGCGGAAUCUCAAAGAUGACAAAUUCUUCCCUAUCCUUUCUAAUGCCAUGGAGAUCAAUGUCGAAGUUCUGGGACUCUUAGCAUCCAAGACGCAUGUGUCUGAGGAAUUCAAGGAACUCUUUCAGCUGCUCCAAAAGCCUCAUGUGCAAGCUUUGCUCAUAGCACACGACACGGUUGCUCAGAAGGACUAUUACCCCAGGCUUCCGGACAUUCCUGUGGAAGUGGAUGAAGAUGAAGAAACUGUUAAAAUAGUGCAAUUGGUCAAGUCUGAUGAACCCUUGUCUGAUACUGGCAUUGAACCAAUUAUGGGAGCAACUAUUAAGACUGACGAGCAAACUGGAAAAAUUGUUAUUGCUCGAGUGAUGCAUGGCGGAGCUGCGGACAGAUCUGGUCUUAUUCACGUCGGAGAUGAGAUUCACGAAGUAAACGGAAUCAGCGUCGAGGGAAAGACACCGAACGAUGUUCUAAAAAUUCUGCAAAGUUCCGAGGGAACGAUAACUUUCAAAAUUGUACCAGCGGAUAGUAAAGGUGUUUUUCGGGAAAGCAAAGUACGAGUACGCGCGCAUUUUUCGUACAAAGCUUCGGAGGAUCCAGAAACGCCUUGCACGGAGGCAGGCCUGGACUUUGAGAAGGGUGAUGUUCUUCACAUCGUGUGUCAGGACGAUGCCCAUUGGUGGCAAGCCAGAAAAGAGGGUGACCGCAACAUGCGAGCCGGUCUGAUUCCUAGUCGAGCACUACAGGAACAUCGCAUUAUCAUGCAAAGACAGCAUCUGCAGGAAAAGUCGGACGACGACAAAAUAAGCUUGUGUUCUGUUCCAGUGCCUUUGCCCACGUUGUGCCCCCGUCCCCGUACCUCUUCUUCUUCUUUGCACGAAUCGCCCACAAAAUGCAGUUUGCAGGGAAUAAAAACUAAAAAAAUCAUGUAUGACGCUGCAGAGAACGACGACUUUGACCGCGAAGAGAUAGCCACCUACGAAGAGGUGGCAAAGCUCUAUCCGAGACCGGGUCUCUAUCGGCCGGUCGUCAUGAUCGGUCCCCCGGGAGUCGGCAGGAACGAGUUGAAAAGGAGGCUCAUGGCCACCGACCCCGACAAGUACAAGACACCAGUUCCCUACACUUCGAGGCCUCCCAGACCCGGGGAGAUCGACGGUAAAGAGUACUUCUUCGUCUCGCGCGAGCAAAUGGACCAAGACAUAAGUUCCGGGAAAUUCAUUGAGUACGGCGAAUACAAAGGCAAUCUUUAUGGAACUAGCGCUGAGAGCGUCACCUCGCUGGUGAACGCCGGUUACGUCUGCAUCCUGAGUCCGCAUUAUCAAGCCCUGAAAAUGCUGCGAACCCCGGCAUUAAAGCCUUACGUUAUAUAUAUAAAGCCGCCGCGAUUUGAAAUUCUAAAGGAGACGAGGAAUGAAUCUAGAGCUAGAUCAACGUUUGACGAAACUAAUUCUCGAGGAUUCACCGACGAGGAAUUCGACGAGAUCAUUCACAGCGCCGAGAGAAUAGAGUUCCUUUAUUCACACAUGUUUGACGAAAUAAUUAUCAACGCCGACCUGUCAAUGGCUUUCGAACAACUACUCACUAUAAUACAGAAACUCGAAUCGGAGCCUCUCUGGGUGCCAGCUUCAUGGGUCUAAAUGCGAAUCACACAGUAUAUUCACUCGGUGAAGAGUACCUACCGUCUUAGCAGUCGCGAAUUAUUGUCAAAUCUUGAAAAUUAGGAUGCAUGCUGUCUUGCCUCUUUACUCGAGAUCAAACCUUGAGGAAAAAUACUACUGGUCAUGAUUAAGAAAAAGAAAACCAUUCUUAGUGUGGUUACGUGUACUUGCAACGGAUUCUCUUUUGAUAUUUGUUUCUCUCUCUCUCUCUCUCUCUCUCUCUCUCUCUCUCUCUCUCUCUCUCUCUCUCUCUCUCUCUCUCUCUCUCUCUCUAUCUCUGCGUGUAUAUAUUCUUUCUUCGAUACUGUAUUGUCAUAUCACUGUACCACUAUAGUUUAUAAAUAGCCCUGCAUUUAUCAGCUGUACGAAACAAUUUGCCAGUAGUAAUUUUCGAAAAGGAAUGCGUAAAGGCAGAAGAAAUAUAUCUAUUUUCCACUUGUAUGAUUUCUAUUGACUCGUCAUUGUUGUGACUUUGCGAAUGGGUUCAUGUCGUCGUUAAAAGUCGAGGAAAUAUUGAAAACUUCAAAGCAGUACUUAGAUACAGGUGGAAGAAACCAUAACUUUCUUUAAUAACUCCCUAGGUAGAUGUGUUUCGAAUGCUCCUGUACCGAUCAUGCGCGCUCGUUUACGCGGGCGCGCACGACACUUGCCUUUCUCGUGUUUGAACAGUCGAGUUUUUCUAGAUUAAGUAGAGACGAUCGAACAAGUUUAAGAGCGAUAAGAGUCGUUUUGAAAAUCUAUUAUCAAAGAAAAAGUACAAUAAGCGUAUAAACGUGGAUUUAUAGGAAGUGCGCGCAAUUAGGUUUUAUGUGCAAUGACUUAUACAUAUAUAAAAAAAAUUUUAUCGACUACUCUUAAAAAGUGCAAAACGACACCCACUGCUGUUUUUAAUAAUAUAAAAAAAGAACAACAAUUUUUUUAUCCUACGAAAAUAUCAGUAUACUACACAUAGUGUUCAAAGUAUUGAAUAAAAAUAAAAAAAAAAUGAGGUAAAACGACGAUGAGCGACUCUAUUGUACUUCGUGCCAUACAGUACUUUAAUAGCUUGAAUUUAGUAUGUAUAAUUAUAUAAAAAUGAAGGGGAAAGAAAAGUAUUAAAAUAUACAAACGACUCUCGCCGCAAAUAUCGCCACUAUUGUGAAUAGUGAUUAAAUUUCAAUUGUUGUUAAUUGUUGCCAAAUGCAUACGUUAGAAACUUACGAAGUAUACAUAAUUCAAAGUGUACAUUGUAAAUCAAUUAUUAAAGAAAACCGAUAUAUUAAAAGAGAUAAAAAA